AGAUCCAAGAAUAGGGUGGGGGAGAGCAGCAGUGUGGGAGGACUAGGAGACGUGUGAAGUGGCAAUCUUUUCCAGCUGAUUAACAAUGUUGAACAUAUGUUUAAAAAUACCUUGACAACUGAGCUGGAUAGCGGUGACUUUUCGGGGUUGGCCUACCAAUUUGUCUUUAUGUCUAGUGACACUAAACGCGUAAACGAUGGCUAUUUAGGUUUUUGAGUUUAUCGCGGUUUUCUUUUCACACCGAUGAGGAACUGAACGGGAGAAAAGAGGAAACAUUCUUACCUAAAUUAACAAGUGGCUGACUAACAUGGCUGACUAACUACCUGCCACAGACUCUCUUCAUGGAUAACAGAGGAAGACGACAAAGGAAACACAAAAUAAAACCUUAUUAAUUAUCAACAAAGACAAACAUCCAGGGGAACCAACCCACCACUAUCGUCCCAUCACUCUGACUUCCAGUGCAUGUUGUCCUAAGGAGGAGGCGGGGAACACAUAGGCCUACCACUAUGCACUGUAAACAGAGAGGUUGGGACUGUGGAAGUGUGGGAAGAACCAGACCUCCCCCAGGCAGGACUAUCCCCCUGGUGCUGGGGCUACUGGUGGCCUUGGUCCAGGGCAGUGUGCCUGGGAGACCACUGGUGGAGGGCCUGGGGGAGAUGUUGUCGGUGGACCUGGAAGCCUCCAUGCACUCCUCUGUCCUCUCUGACCUGCAGACUGCAUCCUCUGUAGCCACAGAGGGACCUCUCACGGGUAUCCCAGAAUCCCUGGCUGCAGUCACAGAGGUGGCCCCUGCAGGAAUCCCUGACUCUUCAGCGGUGGUGGGCCAGGGGUUCCAGUUGAGGAUCCCGCCCAGGGGGAAGAAUGGCAGUUGCAAUGUUAAGUUAACUGAGUUGGGAAAGGAACGCUUACCCUCCUGGCUGUACUGGGCCACAGGGAGCUGCAUCCUACGAGGCCUGGCCCUGGAGCAGGACAGAGGUGUCCACCGUAUCUCCCGCUCUGACUCUGAGAUGAUAAACAGUGGCCAUGGCUUGGAAGUCUUCUCUAUUGAGGUGCACCCAGAGGAGUGGGCCGACGGUGAGCCGUCCCUGUUGGCUCUCCAGGCUGAGGCCAACAACCUCCAGCCUUUCACCUGUGGCAGCGAGGAGCCCGUCACUGUUCUCACCAUCAUCCUGGAUGCUGACCUCACCAAGAUGAACGCUCAUCAGAGGGUAGGCCUGCUGGCCAGCAUGAAGAAGUUUUCCGGUGUCCCCCUGGAACACAUGAGGGUGGUCCCUGUCAUUAACAACCGCCUGUUCGACAUGUCCGCCUUCAUGGCUGGGCCUGGAAAUGCCAAGAAGGUGGUGGAGAAUGGGGCCCUGUUGUCAUGGAAGCUGGGCUGCGCCCUGGACCAGUCUAACAUUCCGAACAUCAACAGUGUCCAAUCGCCUGCCAAGGAUGGGUCCAUGUCAUCUAAGCUAGGCUACCCAGUGGUGGGCUGGCACAUCGUCAACAAGAAACCCCACUUGGUGAAACGGGUCAGGAGGCAGCUGGGAAACACCCCCACCCCUGUACCUUCCCUGCUCCCCCCAACCACUUACCCUGAGCCCCCUACUCGCAUUGUUCCCACCCCCACAUCCCCUUCCAUCUCCCCAGCCACUGACAGCUCUGCUCCCCCUGUCCGUGGACCCUUGCCCCUGCCGGUGAAGCCCACUAACAGGCUGAGAGAUCAGAUAGCCCACACUCCUACCAUAGGUGCUCCUCAGCCUACUAGGGUUCUGGGCACCACCAGUACCAUCCCCAUCCAACCUACUAUGACCCGGCCUGCUAUUCCAGAGGCUACUGCUCUUCCCACCCCACCAAGCACUACUAGAAGGCCAAAGACCUCCACCACCAAGAAAACCAAGAAGGCAAAAACCUCCACUCCUGUGCCCAGAGAACCUAAGACCACCACGGCUAAGCCACCCAGACGCACCACCCCUCUGUCUCCUGUUCCUGACUACAACAACGAGAAGCCCCAGCUACGCAACCCCAUCGACGAGGUGAAUGCCUGGGUCGGGACCUACUUUGAGGUGAAGAUUCCUCCAGAUACUUUCUUCGACAAAGAGGACGGCACCACGGACAAGCUGCGUCUGACUUUGAGGAAGAACCACAACGAAGUGGUGAGCGAGACCUCUUGGAUCCAGUUUAACAGCACCAUCCAGCUCCUGUACGGUCUCCCAGAGAAAGAACACGUAGGCAAACACGAGUACUUUAUGCUGGCCACCGACAAGGCAGGCAUGAGCACCAUAGAUGCCUUUGAGGUCCAUGUCAACCGUUGGCCGGCCACCGAUAAGCCCUCUGUUGUUUUUGCCGCCCGUUUCCAUGGUGAACCCAAGACAUUGGCCAACAACGUCCACAAAAAGAUCCUCCUGACUAAGAAGCUGGCGUAUGCACUGGGUGACCGGAACACCAGCACAGUGACCCUGCGGAGUAUCACCAAGGGCUCCAUUGUGGUGGAGUGGACCAACAACAGCCUCCAGCAGAGCCCCUGUCCCAAGGACCAGAUCACCAUCCUCAGCAGAAAGAUCUCCGACCCCCAGGGCAGGCCCACUCUGGCCUUCUCCAAUGCCAUGGAGCCAGACUUCAAACCCAUCAACAUCUCUGUCCGCGGCACCAACAAAUGUCAGACCUACAUGUUCGUGCCCCCAGGAGAGGUGACCAUCCCUGUUCCCCCUCCAGCCACUCCUUCCCCUGGCACUGGUCGUAGCACCAGUGACGAUGUUUACCUGCACACAGUUAUCCCAGCUGUGGUGGUGGCGGCGCUACUGCUGAUUGCCGGCGUCAUCGCCAUGGUCUGCUACCGCAAGAAGCGCAAGGGAAAGAUGAGCAUUGAGGAGCAGGCUACCUUCAUCAAGAAAGGCGUGCCCAUCAUUUUUGCAGAUGAGCUGGACGACUCCAAGUGUCCCCCUUCCUCCAGUAUCCCCCUCAUCCUGCAUGAGGAGAAGCCACCCCUGCCCCCUCCGGAGUACCCCAACAUGGCUGGCCCUCACAGCACCCUGCUCAACCAGGAUCUCCUGAUGGAGGAGUACUCCAUCUACCAUGAUGAUGACCCCAACGCACCCCCCUAUCAGCCCCCGCCACCCUUCACUGUCCCCAUCGAGGGGAAAGGGUCCCGCCCCAAGAACAUGACAUCAUACAGGUCACCACCUCCCUACGUGCCUCCCUAACGCUUACAAAGCCUUGGCUUUGGGAUGGAGGGGGAGCUGUGGUGACCUUUGUUUGAAAACAAUUUCCGUAGGGAUUUUACACACACUGUACAGUGGGAUGGCUUUGACAUAGCCGGAGUAGACGACCACGUCUGUAUAAGUGACCACUAUGGAUAACGUACUGUAUAAGUCUAACACUGGCACAGGAAAACUGGACAGAGACCGUUUGUAAACGCCAGCUCUCUUUUCUUUUGUUGUCCUUCAUAGUUAUGCUUUCGACUCUUGCGUAAUCUUUAUUUUUAUUUGUUCUUGCCAAGAAUAAUAAUUUUUAUCUUUGAAGAUGUACUGUUUCUAUUGUAUAGAAAAUAAUGCAAAAGCGAGAGACUGUAGGCUGCAGAGGCCUUGGAGCAAAUGUCACCAUGACAACAGACUUGUAGGCUAUCAAUCACAAAGUUCAUCUUUAUACCAAUUACAGUAUAUCACUUAUCGGUCUUUGGGUUAGCUCUAAGAUUUUGCUCCUGUUAUUUUUAGAAGGUCGUCUAAGACAAAGUCAAACUAGAAACAUGAAACCAUUGUUUAUUUACAUCAUAACCUUAUAUUUUAUAUUCUCCUCUUAAUGUUACCCUUUUCUUUCUUUUACGUUUUAAAAAUAACAGGUGUAAAACUUUCACUGGUGCAGACGCCUAAUAAAACUAGCCCUUUGUGUCUGGCAGAACGGAACAUUCUAACUGGUAGCCUAAAAAGGACAUUUUGUUUUUUUUAAUGCAUAAUGGGACUGAAAUAUCCUCUGCUAUACAGGUACUGUACUUGGUCAACAAGUAAGUCAUAGACUGAUAGUGAGUGACCACACUUAAUGUAAGGGGAUUACAAAACAGGAGUAAUAACCACAUCAAUAUACAUUGGUGUAUUAACUUGCCCCUGAAACAGAGAGAUCACUAUUCAGUGCCUUUAGAAAGUAUUCACACCCCUUGACUCUUUACAGACGGAAUUUAAAAUAGAUUACAUUUAGUUUCGCCUGCUUACCCACACUAGCCUAUAAUGUCAAAGUAGAAUUAUGCUUUUUCACAUUUGUUUAACAAAUUAAUUAAUGAAAAGCUGAAAUGUCUUUAAGUAUUCAACCUCUUUGUUAUGGUAACCCUAAAUACGUUCUAGAAUGUGCAGUACAGUGAAACUGCAAAAGGCUCUUAGACUUAUCCAGAAAGACUCACAGCUGUAAUUGCUGACAAAGUUGAUUCUAAUAUGUAUUGACUCAGGGGUAUGAAUUGUUAUGUUAAAUGUAAGAAAUUAGCAAACAUCUCUAAAAACAUGAUUUCACUUUUGUCAUUAUGGGGUAUUGUGUGUAGAUGGGUGAAGGGGAAGAGAAUCUUUUUAAAUUGUAACACAAAAUGUGCAAUAAUGGUAUGAAUACUUUCUGAAGGCACUGUACUAUUCCAGGGUUGCCACAGUAGUGAUAAAGCAAAGCAUUCCUGUUUUCUUUUUCAUCAUAAUGCUGGGUCAAUGAGAUGCUGUAACUAGUCAGCAGAGUGAACUGAUGGAAGUAAAUAAUUAGGCUACUAGAUUGAUCAAUUGUUUGUGUUGAUGUAAGUUUUGAGGUUCAGGUCUCCCUUGGGCCAGGUCUGUUGCAGAAGAGAUUUUAUCAGAGAAAAUAACCGUAACUUUUAUUAAGUAAAUGAAAUAAGAAAAGUGAGGGAACGUACAGUUCUGCAAUAUCCGUGCUCUCUGCCUCUAUGCUGCUGCACUGCAUCGUUAGUCUCUCAGUCAUCAGUUGUGAGACAAGUGUAUGUACAUAAUGGUGUGCCUGUGAAACUGAAGAUCUCAUAACGUUAAUGUGUUUUAUCAGUAGAGUUAUGCUAGUGGGAGGGAAAUUUUAUUCUACAUUUUUUGUCUAGAUUUAUGAUCACAAUGUCAUAAAUUUAAAUCAUAGUUUGAAGGGGGCAAAAAAAGUUGACUUUCCCAUCACUGAAAAUAUUGCAUCCUGUAAAGAAUACGAUGUGGGAGGAAGACAAGUGAAUAAUGUACGUUUUCAUAUCUGAUAUCACCAUAAGGAAAAAUGGUUGAGAAAAAAAAUCUAAUGUUUUUACUGAAUUUUUGAUACGGUCUCAAAUUGUUUUAUGAAAAUAUAUUAAUAAAGAUGUACUACUAUUUGUAAA